AUGACGCCGGCGCUGCGCUGGCUCCUCGUGGCCGCCGCGCAGGCCCGGCCCGUCUUCGAGGUGCCCAAGCACCGCAUCGACUGGAGUAGUGACAACGAUGCACAAAGCCAGUGCCGCGAGCCCGAGCGGCUGCCCAAAGCCAUAAGGCAGCAUUUGUACUUUUAUGCGAUGGUCUCGAGCGAGGACCCCGAGUUGCUACGGCACUUCCUGGACUUUUAUGCGGGGCGCGGUAUACGGCUCGCGGAGAAGGGCCGCGCGUUACUCCUGCUGCACCCGCCAUUAAACAUGAAUCGGACGACGCACCGCCUGACCAAAAAUAUCGUAGAUGGCGCCUUCGGCAGCGCCAUCCACAAAAACGUGCGCGAGGUCGCGGACUUUUCUUCAGAAAUAAAGAGGGAUUGUGCUAAUGAGUUCUUAAAAAAGUUGCCGAAGGACGCUUUACUCAUGUUCCCGGACUUGGAUGAAUUUUUUGACGCCCCCUCGAAAGACGUGGAGCGCAUCCUCAAAAAGUAUGGUGCCGUAUUGGGGCACAUGGUCGAUAGGGUGAGUGACGACUGGGCGCUCCGGAAGACGACCAAGACACCGCUGUGGCUCCAGUACCCGCGGCGCUGCGCCGCGACGGCCGAACGGUUCCACGGCGCCAAUACCAAAUGGAUGCUCGUGCCCCAAUCUAUUCGUUUUGCGACGGCGCAUCACAUCCAAUCAGAGAUACGAGUACCGCCCUCGCUGCCCUUCUCGCACUACCGCUUCACGGAGCGAAGCCUGACGCUACUGAAGAAAAAAAGGGACCUCUACCGCCAGCGGGGCAUCUCGAGAAAUAGGACGGAAGGCCGCGCGCACAUCUACGACGUCGUCCUCUCGCAUAUUGCUGAAGGAGCCCUCUCGACCACGUUUCGGCGGAAAGUUAGGUGCGGCACAACAUGUAA